UCCAAACUCCCCGCCACUCUCCUUACUCCGUGACCCUCCCAUCUUAGGGACGACUCAGCACAUUUGUGAUGAGGAUGUCCGCCGCUUGCGAGGAAGAUCUGAGGGCUCCGCGGACAGUAAAUUGAUUUCUUCCUCUCUUUCCCGUGUGUGGAGAAUGGCAGCUAAAAAUAUCCCGGAGAUGUUACGAUGAACAGGUUGUUGUUGUUUAGCUGAAACUUAAAGACCCGCGGAAAGAUGCUCGGCUGUAGGACAUUUUAAUUCUCCUCACAGACAAAGUUCGACUGGGGCAGGAAAGAAAAAGAAAGGAUCCGUCAGUGCUGAUUUCUGUGGUUCAUUCCGACCUACGUAGAGAACAGAGAACAGAGAGCAACAGACGAGCUUGGAAGCAGCUUGUUGAUGGCACUGCGCACCGGGAGGACUUGGUUUGGGCAGGUCUUGCGCAGGGUCUCUCGGCUGCAAGGCUCCUGGUCCAGGCGCUCGAGCAGUCUCUUGUGUCUCUCCACGAACCAGGAGCAGGAUUUGGGCUUCUGCCACCGGGAUCACAACAAGGCGGGGGGCUCCAACUCCGGCGUUCACCGGAGCGCACCUUUCCGCGCCUCCGCCUCCAGGCGCUGUCCACACGGCUAUUCCCACGCUUGCUGCGUCUUCCCGGAGAAUCCGAGGGGACAUGAGCCCCUCGGUCGCCGGUUCCUGUUGGCCAUGAAGCGGCAAAACGUGCGGACCUUGUCCCUGAUCAUUUGCACGUUUACAUACCUGCUCGUCGGGGCCGCUGUCUUUGACGCCCUGGAGUCCGACUUCGAGAUGCGUGAAAAAGAGCAGCUGGAAGCCGAGGAGAAGCGUCUCCAGGGGAAAUAUAACAUCAGCGAGGAUGAUUACCGCAAACUGGAGAGCAUCAUCAUGGAGGCUGAGCCCCACAGAGCCGGGGUGCAGUGGAAAUUCGCAGGGUCAUUUUACUUUGCCAUCACGGUGAUAACCACCAUAGGCUACGGGCACGCAGCGCCAGGGACCGAUGCAGGAAAGGCCUUUUGCAUGUUUUACGCCGUCCUGGGAAUCCCUUUGACUCUUGUCAUGUUUCAAAGCCUGGGCGAGAGGAUGAACACUUUUGUUAAGUACCUUCUGAAACGCAUCAAGAAGUGCUGCGGCAUGCGCAUCACUGAUGUGUCCAUGGAGAACAUGGUGACGGUGGGAUUUUUCUCCUGCAUUGGCACGUUGUGCAUCGGGGCCGCUGCAUUCUCCCAUUAUGAGGACUGGAGCUUCUUCCAGUCUUACUAUUAUUGCUUCAUCACAUUAACAACUAUUGGCUUUGGGGACUUUGUGGCCCUUCAAAAGAAUCGGGCCCUCCAGAAGAAACCCCUUUAUGUGGCCUUUAGCUUCAUGUACAUCCUGGUGGGCCUUACGGUCAUCGGGGCCUUCCUCAAUCUAGUGGUGCUCCGUUUCCUGACUAUGAAUAGUGAGGAUGAGCGGCGGGAUGCCGAGGAACGGGCCUCACUCGCCGGCAAUCGGAACAGCAUGAUCAUCCACAUCCAAGAUGAAUCGCUGCACCGGGCACGGCGGCGACGGGAGCCAUACCACGCAGAAGUGACUGAUCUGCAGUCAGUGUGCUCCUGUAUGCACUAUCACUCGCAUGACAGCCCUAGUCCGGGUAUGGGAGGUCUGGGCUGUGCCUUUUCCCACAAGAACUCAUUCAGCUCACAGCUGAACCCCAACCAGUACUUUCACUCGGUUUCCUAUAGGAUCGAGGAGAUCUCGCCCAGCACCUUGAAAAACAGCUUCUUCCCUUCGCCCAUCAGCUCGGUGUCUCCAGGCCUUCACAGCUUCACAGACAAUCACCAGCUCAUGAGGAGAAGGAAAUCUAUCUAGACCCCAACAACCACAGGACCAUAAGUUUUAUACACAAGGUCAAACAUUUCCAAUGCUGCUCCUUUACCAAAUCUUAUUUCAGCACUUUUUCCCUCCAGUUUGGUUGUAUGUAAUCGAAGUAUUCUUGGGAAACUAUUCAAGAACAGCAGGCGCGGACACAAGGGGAUGCAAAGCAUGAAGCAUGGAUGUCUAUUUUUUCAAGAGAUUGCUCCAUUUAAGAACCACACAACACAAACUGCAAGACUUUUCCUUAUUACAGAUUUACACUACAGAAAUUGAUAUAUUAACCUUUGGUUACAUACCAAAUGAUGCACACUGGGGGAAAUGCUAUUUUUCAAAGGGAGUUGUUUCACCAUAACUUGAAGCAGCAUUUACCGUUAUGUAUGUUUCCAUUGCCUCACUGCAGACAGAGAAUUUAAAGUGACUUAAAGCAUCAGGUAUUGUUUUCUAUAAGCAAUCAUGUAUUUAAACGGAUUCACAACACAUCAAGCCAAAAUACU